AUGUUGAAUCAACUUUACAAAAAGACUGCUGAUGACAAAUGGUUAUUGGUUGACUCUGAUGUGAGAUCAGUCAAUUACACUAUCAAGCUGACAAAUAAGACCAAGGAGUUCUUCAAGGUAAUUGGUAAUUUGGACUAUAUGGGUCAUAAUACUACUCUUGCAAUCGAUAGUGUCCGUCACCCAGAGUCCUUUGAUCUACACUUUGAUGGCCAAAGUCGUCAAAAUAGAAACGCAACCGAUAGUCCCAUUUGGAGUUGGACAACUUGUUCCAACAAGCCAUUCCUCUUUGAUGUUAAAAAUGGAAACGAUACUGAUACCGCUGAUUUCAUUAUCAAAUUAAAGGUAGACGACAAACUCUUCCAAUGUAGCAACCAUUCUGGGGCCUCAGAUUCAGAUCAAGUGGUUCCUGAAAAGAUUGGAUCAUACUCUAAUCAAUUAAAAGCUGAAUUAUAUAAAAAGACAGGAGAUAAAUGGUUCACGGUCGGUUCAGAAGCCACUUUGGUGAGUUACACCUUACAGAUACCUAAAGGCAAUCAAGAGUUUUUUAAAAUAGUUAACAAUGCUGACUAUUUUGGAUAUAAUACUACUCUCACCAUCGAUAGUGUUGCAGCCAAAGAAUCCUAUGAUAUGACCUUUAAUGGUAAACAUCAUAACGGAGCAUCUACAAAUGAUGAAUGGGUAUGGAGUUGGUGGACUUGCUCAACAGCUCCAUAUUUUUUUGAUAUCACAAACAAAAACAUUAUGACAAGUGGAGAUUUUAUUUUCAAAGUAAAGAUUAAUAACAAAAAAGCAUUCGAUUGUUCAACCAAUACCCCAUCCACAUCAUCUACAUCAUCCUCUUCAUCAUCCUCCUCCUCCUCCUCAUCAUCAUCAUCCUCCUCAUCCUCUUCAUCUUCAUCAUCAUCGGAGCCUGGACUCACAUCAGGGUCAUCCAUGGAUAAAUACACACACUUUUUGGAAUACAACAACAGUCUCACCAUCGAUAGUGAUGCCUUGUCAGAACAAUAUGAAUUAACCAUUUCAGGAAAAUAUUUCUAUGGAUAUACAAGUCAAGCCCCCGAUUAUUUUUGGUGGGGAUAUUUCUUGGGAUUUAACCAUAGUCUCACCGUUGAUAGUAAAGGUCUCCGAGAGGCCUUUGAUAUAAAAUUUAAUUGGAAAACUCUUACAAGACAAAUAACAGAUGACCUGCCAACUUUAUAUUGGUGGGGAUGUAAUCGAAAUGAUGCAUUAUUUGAUAUCACCAACAGAAAUAGAUUCACUAGAGGUGAUUUUAUUAUCUCCAUUGAAGCUAUGGAUCGAUCUCAUAACUGUGGUAUUCCUCGUUAA